CAGAACAUUCAUACCCUCACUCAAACUUUCGAGAUCCCUCUCCGAACUUCCCCUGUUUUUGGGCCAUGCACAGAGCACAGUCUGUCUCCCUUCGCCUAUAUAUAUUCACCAUCCACCUUUCUUACUUCACCAGCUCAAAGGAAUAGACAUCGGAAGAACAAGAAGGUUCUCUUUAUUAUUUAGGCACUUGCCUCUCAAUUUUUUGUUAUAGCAAUGGCUUCAACUUUGUCUUGGUCAUCUUCUCCAAUAUUUGUAUCAAACAGGGCUAAUCGGCCUUUUUCCCCUAAAGCUAUUUUGCCAUUCUCUGUCUCUUUUCCAUCUAAGAAUUCUUCCAACAACCGUCUCUCUGUCGUAAGGGCACAGGCUGCUGGGGAUAACAAGGAUACGGCGGUGGACGUGCACGUUAGCAAAGAUAAUCAAAGGACAGCUGUUGAGAAGAGGCCCAAACGGUUGGCUGUGGACCUCUCUCCUUUUGAUUUGUUGGACCCCUUGUCUCCUAUGAGAUCAAUGCGUCAAAUGUUAGACACAAUGGACCGGAUAUUCGAGGAUGCCAUGACAUUGCCCGGCAGGAACCGAACAGUGGGAGAUGUGCGUGCACCGUGGGACAUCAAAGAUGAUGAACGUGAAAUCAAAAUGCGAUUUGACAUGCCAGGACUCGCAAAAGAGGACGUUAAGGUCUCAGUAGAGGAUGAUAUUCUAGUUAUCAAGGGAGAGCACAAAAAGGAAGAAAGCGGAGAUGAUUCUUGGACAAGUAGGAGCUACAGUUCCUAUGAUACUCGUCUCCAACUGCCAGACAACUGUGAGAAAGAUAAGAUCAAGGCAGAGCUCAAGAAUGGAGUUCUCUUCAUCACCAUUCCUAAGACAAAAGUUGAGCGCCAGGUUAUGGAUGUACAAAUUCAGUAAAACACUUGCGGGUUUCAAGAGGGUGCCGUUGUUUUUAUGUUUUAUCUUAUGUGAUCUUAAAUUUUGUGUAGAACUUGCUUGGUAUAGGAAUGUCUCUGUAAUUGUAGUGUACUAAAUGCUAAUGGGUACUUAGAUGUUUUUCUUUUGAAGCUAUUAAUCAAUGUUUUCUUUCUUUGGGGAGUUUGCACCUGGUUAUUUUCUUUAAUUUCGUCUAGUUGCUUACCAAUUCCAAUUACCAGUCCUAUUCACAGUGUUUGUAGACCAUGAGUAAGAGUAAUAGAGAAACAAGGCUUGUGGUGGAAUACGAAAAUGGUCCUCUUCCUGCUAUGGACAUGUUCCAUUAAGCCU